UGCCUUGAAAAUUAUUGUCUCUUUCUCUGACUUCAUCUUUGGUUUUCUUUCUUUAUUUUCUUCAUAUUUGUAUUAAAAUACUCUUAAUUAUUGAUAUCGAUUCUCCAAGAGAGAGGGGGUCUCGUGGUUUUGUUUCGUGUUUGUUUCUCUCUCUGCUCUCUGCUGCCGUUGUUGACCACGCCCUUCCAUUUGAAUACAAUUAUUUUAUUUGCGAACAAGUCUUCUGGGUUUGGUAAUUUCCUGGAAAUAAAUAGAGGGUCGUGUGUGCUUUUGUUUGUUUACUUUGAUCUUUCUGUUUUGGGGUUCCAAUUUGAUGUACAGUCAAUGAAUUAUACUUUGGGUUUGUGUUUGAUUGGUGAGGUUUCAUUCAGAUAAAUCACCAAACAGAAGUUUUGUUCCGGCGUUGUUGGAAUUGUGAUUCUCUGGCUCUUGCAUUACUGUGAUUUCUUUGGUUGAUCAGUAUCUAUAUCUUGUGUGCGUAUUUGUUCAUCCCAAAAGGCUUGAGGGGAUGAAAGGAAAGGGCGGGGCACCAGGAACCUACUUCCUGUUGAAUACCAAAGCAAAAAUUCCUGCUAUAGGUCUGGGGACAUGGCAGAGUGGAGGGGACCUUUGUGUUGAAGCUGUAAAAAGGGCGUUGUCAGAGGGUUAUCGUCAAAUAGAUUGUGCCCAUCUUUAUGGGAAUGAGGUUGAAGUCGGGGAAGCACUGGCUGAGGCUUUCAAUGGUUCACUGAAGAGGGAGGAUGUUUUUUUGACUUCUAAGCUGUACUGCACGAUGAAUUCGCUCAAUAAAAUUGAGAAUUCUGUUAGAGUUUCUCUUAAGAACUUAGGAGUUACAUACUUAGAUCUCUAUUUGAUGCAUUGGCCAGACAUUACAGCGUUUGGUGAUGCUACGGAUCCUCCUUCCAAUUCUGGAAAUGACCAUAGGCAGUUUUUGAACCGAUUGAAGAAAGCAUGGAAAGCUAUGGAGGGUCUGAUUGAGUUGGGUCUGGUUCGAGCUAUUGGAGUUAGCAAUUUUGGGGUUCAGCAGAUUAAGGAACUGCUUAAAUUCGCAAAGAUUGUACCCGCGGUAAAUCAGGCAGAAUUGCAUCCUUUCUGGAGGCAAGAUGAGCUCGUGAAGUUUUGUCAAUCAAAGGGCAUCCAUGUAUCUGCUCACACACCUUUAGGAGUACCAGCUUCUGGUCCUGGACCAUCCGAUAGUGGAUCAGGUGGAGAAGAUGAACCUGGAACUCCCCGGAUAUCAUUCAGGAGGUCAAGAUCAGUUCAUGGGCCGAUGUUGAAAUUGUCGGUUGUUGCAGAAAUCGCAGAUAGACAUAAAAAGACACCCGAGCAGGUCAUUUUACGGUGGGGACUGCAGAGAGGGACCAGUGUUCUACCUUGUAGUCUGAAGGCUGAUCGGAUCAGGAAAAACAUAGACAUCUUCAGUUGGUCUCUGUCAGAUGAUGAGUGUAACUGCCUGAACCAGAUAGAACCUCAAGUAUGUUUAUUUGGAAACGGUCCUCUGAAUAACCUCCCAAACAGUGGCUUUAUGCCUGGAAGUGGCCCCCUUCAGUCUGUGCGCGAGAUGGAAGACGACGUGGAGUCCAAUACUUGAUGUUUGGAAAUAUUUUCUUGUGACAUUCUGUCAUUUGAGAUAACAUCUUCAAGUUAUAAUAUGGCAUGCGAACAUAUGCUGGUUGUUUGUAAGAUUGUUUUGUGAGAUUCUCUCUUUGGUGGAUGCUGAAUUUGGAGUCAAAAGAUACAUUAUUGAUGGAGUUGAAGUGGUGAAUAUUUCCUCUUAAAGAAAGAUGUUUUAUAUCUUCCCACAGGGGUGUGUUUCAAAUGUAACAUUGUCAAGAAAAGUGGCUACUGUACAUGAACCCACCACAAAACAACAAAGAGGUACUACCUUUUCCUCUGAAAGUUUCAAGACAUAAUAUAUGAAUACUCUUGAUUUUUCAUUAUCA